AUGGGAGGUGAGCCCCUCAACAGCUCAGCAUUGCCUCCUUUCACCUUGACAGGACUCCCGGGGCUAGAGACCUCCCAGCACUGGCUAUUUUUGCUUCUUGGUGCCCUCUACAUUGUCUCCAUUGUGGGCAAUGCCCUUAUCCUUUUCAUAGUCAAGGAGGAGCAGAGCUUGCACCAGCCUAUGUACUACUUCCUGUCCCUGCUAUCAGUUAAUGACCUGGGUGUGUCUUUCUCCACUCUGCCCACGGUACUGGCCACAUUUUGCUUUCACUUGAGAGAAAUCAGUUUUAAUUCUUGCAUGGCCCAGAUGUUCUUUAUCCAUCUUUUCUCCUUCAUGGAAUCAGGGAUCCUGCUUGUCAUGAGCUUUGAUCGCUACGUGGCCAUCUGUAACCCCCUGCGCUAUACCACAGUACUCACUGAUGGCCGUGUGGUGCGGAUGGGCCUGUCUGUGAUUUUCCGCAGUUUUUGCAUGGUUUUCCCACUGCCUUUCCUUCUGAAAAGGUUACCCUUCUGCAAGGCUAAUGUGCUCUCCCAUGCCUAUUGCUUGCAUCCAGAUCUGAUCCGCCUGCCCUGUGGUGAUAUCACCAUCAAUAAUAUCUUUGGUCUGUUCAUUGUCAUCUCUACCUUUGGCCUGGAUUCAGCACUCAUUCUCCUCUCAUACGUGCUCAUACUUCGUUCUGUACUGGCCAUUGCUUCCCGGGACGAGCGGAUGAAGACACUCAACACGUGUGUAUCACACAUGUGCGCUGUGCUUAUCUUCUACGUGCCCAUGGUUGGUGUGUCCAUGGCUGCUCGCUACGGAAGGCAUGCCCCGCGGUAUGUGCACACGCUCAUGUCCCUUAUUUAUCUAUUUGUACCUCCCAUGCUCAAUCCUGUCAUCUAUUCCAUAAAAACCAAAGAGAUUCGUCGGAAGAUUUGCAAAAUAUUGCUGGGAACCAAGUUUUGA